AUGCUGCAGCCCAAAAAACGGUCAAGGCGCUGCCGCUUCUUUCUGCCUCCACCCACUUCUUCUUCUCGCUUCUCACUUUUCAUUGUCAUUUUCCAUACAGUGUCAUCGUGCAAUGCAGCAUCCUGUACCCUCAUUCUUCAGCGCAGCGGCGAACCAAAUAAGCCCAAAUGUCUAGCCGCCUCCACAAAGCCCGCGGCUGAAGCUGCCGAGCCCCGCUGUUAUAGACCAAGUGCUGGUGACAACGUCGGACAACUUCUUGCAGGCCGGUGGGAGCAUUUCGCAAGAAAAAUUACGGAAAACGGAGCACUCUGGCGCUGGCUCAUUCUCAUACUAGCAGUUCCGCAGACCCUUCCCAAUCCCGCCGUCUUGGGACCAAUCGUGGCCCUUGUUCGCUUACCAAAAGCGCAGCGCCGUGCAGCCGCCGGUCGGGCGAGAUCCAGGCGUCGAUGCCAGGGUUGCCAGGGCACAAGUAUGGUAUGCAGUGUUGCUAUUCGUGGCGCCGCCUCGACCAGAGGCAUAGCACUAUGCUUGGCCGAGUAA